GUUCAAACAACCAUCUCUGAAUCUUCAUUUCUGACAGAUGAAGCGAUAGAUUUGUCAGCGCUUGAGUGACGGAGUCGUGAAGGUGGAGGUGGAGCUGCUGGACGGACGCGCCUUCCUGACGAGGCGCUCAUGAACCCCACCAUUGCCUGCCCCGCGUCAAGCUCCAGGGUCUCGUAAACACGACACUCUCCACCAAAUUUCCUGCGCAGGCUUCACCAUGUCGCACAGCCACUCGCACGAUGGUCCAUCGCACUCGCAUGCGGCUGCAGACCAUGGCCACACCCACGAGAUUCUUGACGGGCCUGGUAGCUUCAUGGGGCGUGAGAUGCCUAUCAUCGAGGGCAGAGACUGGGAGGAUCGAUCGUUCACUGUAGGCAUUGGAGGGCCUGUAGGAUCGGGAAAGACGGCUCUGAUGCUGGCUCUGUGCAAGAAGCUUCGUGAACGCUUCAGUAUUGCAGCAGUGACGAACGACAUCUUCACCCGGGAAGACGGCGAGUUCCUGACCAAACACAAAGCUCUCCCAGCGGAGCGUAUUGUCGCUGUCGAGACAGGCGGUUGCCCCCACGCUGCUGUCCGCGAAGACAUCUCAGUCAACCUCCUGACCCUCACCAACCUCCACCAUAAAUUUGACACCGACCUCCUUCUCAUCGAAUCUGGUGGUGACAACCUCGCAGCCAACUACUCCCGCGAACUCGCCGACUUCAUCAUCUACAUCAUCGACGUAUCUGGCGGCGACAAGAUCCCACGCAAGGGUGGACCCGGAAUAACACAGUCAGAUUUGCUGAUUGUCAACAAGAUCGAUCUUGCUGAGGCGGUCGGUGCUGAUCUGAACGUCAUGGAGCGUGACAGUAGAAGGAUGCGCGAAGGCGGGCCAACAAUAUUUGCGGUCGUAAAGAAGGGCCAGGGUGUCGAUGCCAUUGUUGACCUGAUCCUGUCGGCCUGGAAGGCCUCGGGUGCCACACAGGCGCGGAAGGACAAGUUCGAGCCAACCCUGAUGGACGAGAACGAGGAGAGUACGGAGAGGGGCUACAGCAUGUCUUGAGCUGAUGUCGCGUAACGAAGUAAGAAAAUGAAUACCCUCCCCAUAUUAAUGGACCGCAGGCCGUGUGCGAUAUAUCAAUGAUACUGGCGAAUGCAUGUGUGCUGGAAUGUCCGCCAGGUUCAGGCUCUUCCUCAACAGACAAAGGCUUCUAGUUUGCCGGAAGCACUGCUCCAUGCUCGCCUGGACGCCCAGCUGCAC